CUAGACAGCCUUGUCAGGUAAGAUGGAAAACACAGCAUCAUCUCUUUCUCUUUUCUUCCCUCUCUUCUGUCUUUCCACAGACACACAAGGUAGAUGCUUCUGCUGGCUUCUUUCUACAGCUGAGGAGUCUGAGGCUCGGAGAGGCUGGGCAACUUGCCGAAGGUCAUGCAGUUAAUUGAUAGCAGGGCUGGGAUUUGGGGCCAGGCAGUCUGACUCCAAAGCCUACACGUGGGGCAGGUUGAUUGUUGUCAGCGGGAGGUGACGGAGGCAAAGGAAAGGAACACUCAUGGAAGCUGUGCCCUUCAGCGUGCAUGCCUGCCUCUGGCUUUGCUCUCUUGUUUGUGGAAAGGAGUCCUAAAGGGAUGUAUGCAGGGCGGUGCCCAGUCCCACCAGCCACGUCAGGCCGCUGCGUCCGCCUUCUUGGGAAAGCGCUCGGAGGGCGACCUGGGCGACUCGGCCGCCAGCACGCAGAAGGAACAGAGUUGGCUGAGGCGCCAGAGGAAACUGGAGGCGGCGUGCUCGCAACUCUGCACGGUGGGUGCUGAGAGCUGAUGUCAGUUGCUUCAGGCGAGGGCAGCCACAGGUGGAGUUCGUUACCUUGAGGCUAAUGAAGGGGCUCCCAUGGACUGCAGGGCCUGCCUGCCCCGCUCCUAGCCCAGCGCCUCUGGCCUGACUUUGGAGAGAGGCGAGGCCUGCGCUGCCUUCAUCCUGGGGAGACUCGGACUUCACCGACUCCUGCUGCAGCCCUGAUUGUGGGUGAGGCCGGUAGUGACAGGUGAGGAAGACCAAUUUCCCCAGUGUGGAGCAGAGUGAAGGAAGAAGUGACUCACCAACCACAGCAAAGCCCAUCUCCCCCAGAGGAAACAGUGGCGAGAGAGCGAAUGCACUUGGGUCUUGGGUCCUGAGGCUGCCGGCAGACUAUGGGUACAACGGCCAGCACAGCCCAGCAGACAGUCUCAGCCAGCGCCCCCUUUGAGGGCCUCCAGAACGGUGGCACGAUGGAUGGUCGGCACUCGCUCAGUGUCCACUCCUUCCAGACCACGGGCUUGCACAACAGUAAGGCCAAGUCCAUCAUCCCCAACAAGGUGGCCCCCGUCGUGAUCACGUACAACUGCAAGGAGGAGUUCCAGAUCCACGAUGAGCUGCUCAAAGCCCAUUACACGCUGGGCCGGCUCUCAGAUGCCACCCCAGAGCACUACCUGGUACAGGGCCGCUACUUCCUGGUGCGGGAUGUUGCAGAGAAGAUGGACGUGCUGGGCACUUUGCAGAGCUGUGGGGCCCCCAACUUCCGGCAGGCGCGGGGCGGGCUUACUGUGUUCGGCAUGGGGCAGCCCAGCCUCUCAGGAUUCAGGCGGGUGCUUCAGAAACUCCAGAAGGACGGACACAGGGAGUGCGUCAUCUUCUGUGUGCGGGAGGAGCCCGUGCUGUUUCUGCGUGCUGAUGAGGACUUUGUGCCCUACACACCUCGAGACAAGCAGAGUCUUCACGAGAACCUCCAGGGCCUCGGACCCGGGGUCCAGGUGGAGCGCUUGGAGCUGGCCAUCCGGAAGGAGAUCCACGACUUUGCCCAGCUGAGCGAGAACAAGUACUACGUGUACCACAACACCGAAGACCUGCGGGGGGAGCCCCACGCCGUGGCCGUCAAGGGCGAGGACGAUGUGCUCGUGACCCAGGAGGUGUACAAGCGGCCCCUCUUCCUGCGGCCCACCUACAGGUACCACCGUCUGCCCCUGCCAGAGCAAGGAGCCCCCCUGGAAGCCCAGUUUGAUGCCUUUAUCAGUGUCCUCCGGGAGACCCCCAGCCUGCUGCUGCUCCGAGAGGCCCACGGGCCUCCCCCUGCUCUCCUCUUCAGCUGCCAGACGGGCGUGGGCAGGACCAACCUGGGCAUGGUUCUGGGCACCCUCAUCCUGCUUCACCACAGUGGGACUGCCUCGAGGCCGGAGGCUGCCCCUACGAAGACCAAGCCACUGCCCAUGGAGCAGCUCCAGGUGGUCCAGAGCUUUCUCCACGUGGUGCCCCAGGGGAGGAGGAUGGUGGAGGAGGUGGACAGAGCCAUCACCGCCUGUGCAGAGUUGCACGACCUGAAGGAAGUAGUCUUGGAACACCGGAGGGAGCUGGAAGGCAGCCCGCCGGAGACCCCGGCUCAGGAAAGCGGCAGCCAGCGCGGUGUCCGGCAGAGGGCGCUGCGGAGCCUGGAGCGAUACUUCUACCUGGUCCUGUUUAACUACUAUCUCCAUGAGCAGUACCCGUUGGCUUUUGCCCUCAGUUUCAGCCGCUGGCUGUGUGCCCGUCCCGAACUGUACCGCCUGCCUGUGACACUAAGCUCAGCGGGGUCUGUGGCCCCUGGGGACCUCAUCACCACCGGCUCCCUGGGGGCAGAUGACCUCGUCUCCCCGGAUGCACUCAGCACCGUCAGAGAGAUGGACGUGGCCAACUUUCGGCGGGUGCCCCGUUUGCCCAUCUAUGGCACGGCCCAGCCCAGUGCCAAGGCCCUGGGGAGUAUCUUGGCCUACUUGACCGACACUAAGAGGAAGCUGCAGCAGGUCGUGUGGGUCAACCUGAGAGAGGAGGCUGUGCUGGAGUGUGACGGGCGCACCCACAGCCUGCGGUGGCCUGGGCCCCCCACGGCCCCUAGCCAGGUGGAGAACCUGGAGACCCAGCUGAAGGCCCACCUGAGCAUGCCUCCCGCAGGCACCCAGGGCCCACGGACCCGCAGGUUCCAGACAUGCCUCACGACGCAGGAGGUCUUCAGCCAGCACCGCGGGGCCUGCCCCGGCCUUACCUACCACCGCGUCCCCAUGCCAGACUUCUGUGCCCCCCGCGAGGAGGAUUUCGACCGGCUGCUGGGGACCCUGCAGGCUGCCCUCGCCAAGGACCCGGGUUCCGGCUUCGUGUUCAGCUGCCUCAGCGGCCAGGGCCGGACCACGACCGCCAUGGUGGUGGCCGUGCUUGCCUUCUGGCACAUCCGAGGCUUCCCUGAGGUGGGCGAGGAGGAGCUCGUGAGCGUGCCCGAUGCCAAGUUCACCAAGGGCGAGUUUGAGGUGGUGAUGAAGGUGGUGCAGCUGCUGCCUGAUGGGCACCGUGUGAAAAAGGAGGUGGACGCGGCCCUGGACACGGUCAGUGAGACCAUGACGCCCAUGCACUACCACCUGCGGGAGAUCAUCAUCUGCACCUACCGCCAGGCGAAAGCGGCCAAGUCAGAGCGGGAGGCCCGGAGGCUGCAGCUGCGGAGCCUGCAGUACCUGGAACGCUACGUCUGCCUGGUGCUCUUCAACGCGUACCUCCACCUGGAGAAGGCCGGCUCCUGGCAGAGGCCCUUCAGCACCUGGAUGCGGGAGGUGGCAGCAAAGGCCGGCAUCUACGAGAUCCUCAACCAGCUGGGCUUCCCCGAGCUUGAGAGCGUGGAGGACCAGCCCUUCUCGAGGCUGCGCUGCCGGUGGCAGGAGCAGAGCCACAGCCCCGAGCCCUCCUCUGCAGGGGACGUCCUGUAGGAAUGGGACUUCCUGUAGGACGCGCUCCCCCUGCCCCUGCUACCGUCGCCUCCCACGGGGCCACCUCCUACCCUCGCAGGCUGGGGGUGCCAGUGCUGCUCACUGACAGCGGUCCUGAGAAAUGAUGCCUCAGCUUAGCAGAGACUGGCAUGGGUGGGGACCCCUUUUCUGAAAGAGUUUUUAUAGGACAGUUGGUGCACAGUGAUACUUUGUGAAUGGCAGGCGCGGGGAGGGUCUGCAGGAAGGCCGGUGUGGCAUCACGUCUGCAAGGAGCUCACUCCCCAAGUUGCCAAGCGAAGCCCCUCGUCGCUUCGCCCUCCCCUCUCCCCGGAGCGGCUCUGAUGGGCCCUGGCGGAGCGGCCCUGGCCAGUGUUGGCUUCCCUCUUGCCCUCUCUCGUGGCUCUCCCACGCAGCUUCUCCCGUUUCGCUGCCUGAGCGCCGCCCUGGGGGCCCCGGGCUCCCCGGGGAGUGGACUGUGUGCGGGCUGAUUUGUUAGCUUAAAGGCAGCUUUACCCAGUUUUCUUGCCUCUCAUGCCUUGUCUCAACCUGGAGACUUGAAGGACAGCCACAUGCUCGGUGUGUCCCGCAGGGGCCUCUGCCUCUCCUUCCUUUGCCCUCUCCCCUCCUCUGGGCUGGCAGCACUUUGGAGGUUUCCAGGGAGCUGAAAAUGAAAUGGAGUCCCUCUCGGGGGAAGAAAGAGCUUCCAGAAGGUGCAUGCAGCCCUGUGGAAGAGGCCAGCUCCAUUUCUCUGGAACCAUGGGCGGAGGUCUAGGGAAGCACUGCCUCCCUGCCCCGCCAUCCAGAGUGGCCUGUGCCCCGACCUGCUGUGGCAGGAGCCCCGGAGACUGCCGGGUGACCCUGAGUGAGCAGUGGGGCGUGUGAGAGUGGGUCAAGGAUGGCAUGAGGGGGCACUUGGAUUCCAGGCCAUCAUUGCUGAGCAUCCUUGAGCUGCCUUCCAGUGGGGGCAGAAGGGGCCAAGUGCUGCUGAGUUAGCAGCUGCCGGGACCAGCUCUGUGCAGACAGUGGGAGGGUUGCUCGGAGAGGCAGGCGGUGUUGAGCUGAGUCUGCAGCUCUCCCUCUUGGGGCUGGUGUCCCCCGAAGCACAGGGGCUGAGUGGUGUGGACGCUGUCCUCCUGGCCUGGCUCGUUGGGGCCAGGGAGGUCUCUCUUGGUUGGACACCGGCACUUGUGCAGAGAAGCAGGUGAUGUGUCACCGGUCACGGUGUUUUGAAAAGGGGGAAGAGGCCAGAGUUGUUCACAUCUACCUAGUGUUGGAAAAUUUAUGACCAUUUUGGCUGAAUUCUUUUGCAAAUCUACUGUAUGUCUGUUCACUACCUUUUCAGAUUUGUUGUUGUUUUUGGUUUUAUUUUUGCAUGUAGUAAAAAGUGUUAAUUUUGUUGCAGACAAGGUCUAGAUGAGGGGUCAGAGAUCAGGGCUGAACUGGGAGGGAUCCUUUGCAUUCUCACGGUUGGCCCUGACUUUCAGCUGUGCUGGGACUACUGGCUGGUCACAUCACCUCUCUGCCUCAGUUUCCCUAUCUGUAAAAUGGGAGAAUAAUACUUGCCUACCUACCUCACAGGGGUGUUGUGAGGAUUCAUUCGUGAUUUUUUUUUUUUUUUUUUUUUUGUACAGAGCUUUUGAGCAUUAAAAGUGGCUAAAUGUGAAGUGCGCUUGGCUGCCUAUGUCUUCAGUGUGGGUCAGGUGUUACAGAACUGAUGCAAGCUGGGGUCCCUGCUACUUCAGAGUAAGGGUGGGAGGGCAGGGAGAGCCAAGAGCACCUGCCCGUAGUGCACCUGAUUCUCAGAGAAGGUGGAUUUUCCUGGAUAUCUCUCUCCUUCCUUCACAUCCCCAACCACGUUUGACCAUCUCACUCUGGAUGCCCACGGCUGACGUGCUGAGCCCCUUCUUGAAGAAGGCAACGUAACAGACUAAUUCACGCUAAAGUGUGAAGGACUGUUAUAUCCAGGGAAAUGGAACAAAAUGGAAUUUCAAGGGCUAGGAAGGAGGGUGGUCCUCAACCUCUAUUUCCUUUUCUUAUCCCUGCAGGCUCCCCUUGGUCCUUUCAGGCCCCUGAAGGCUUGAACACACUUGUGUUGAGAAAUUGGCGUGUAAAGAGGCAGUAGGGAGAGUGAGGCAGAGAGAGUGCUGACCUGAGCCUUCUCUCUAAGCUCUUCCAGGAUUAGGGGAAUCAGACCCUCUGGGUUGUAGUUCCAAGGUCAGCUGGGGGUGGUGAGAAUGGAACCCAGAGCUCCGACCGCAUAGGGUUGGUGACCUCCCCAGCCUUGGAGGGGAGGCCUCCUGGGGUUAUUUCCCAGCACAGCAGAGUCCAGGCAUGCUCUGUGUGGCUUCUGAAUGUGAGUGCAGUGGUGUAUACACCAGUGUGCACGUGUGUCCGUAUGUGCGGUGGUUCAGCACUUCUCUGCCAGGGAUGAGGGGAUUGUAAAACUAUGAUCAGUAGAAGGAUCUCCUGGAACCCUGAUGGAGGUGCGGCAGGGUCUUGGGACGACCAGAACUGGAAACUGGAACACUGUCCAGCGAGCCCUGGAUGUCCUCUGCAGCAUCACUGGGGGUGCGCCGCUCCAAUCCCCCCUCAGGAGAACCCGCUGCAAGAGCAGAUGGCACAACUCCAGCCACUGCAGCUUCGAUCCAACACGCACCAAGGCCGCGCUCUGUCUCCAGCCCUUUCCCCGCUCGGGCUCUUCCAGACGAUGACUGAGGCCGGCAGGGCUCUCGAGCCACUAGCCACGCUGUUUCUACCCAUGGCAGCCUUGCCCGGGGCCUCCCCAUUGGUCUGGCUGGGGGUUCCCCAGACCCACCCUGCAGCAUGGGGCUCUCGCUCCCUCUCUCCUUUCACGGGCGUCAGACCCGCAUCGUGGUCUUCCUGCCUUCUGCCACCUCCUCCUUUAUCCUUCACGGGUUUCCACAAAUCUCUUGCACAUCUGAUCCCAUCGUGGUGUCUGCCACUCUGAGGACCUGAAUGACACACCCUCACCCUCUCCUUGGCCUCUCUGGGCAGCUUCCUUGUCCCUCUUGCUGGUUAAGGCAGCCUUGUCUGGCACUGCGUAGGGACACCAUCAGCCCGGUUUCCAGCUUCAUAUGUUAUAGUUCCAGCCAGACUCAGUUGUCUUUCUCUCUCUCGCACCGCCCUGCCCUUCCAUCUCGAGUGUGGGGCUGCGGGGCCUGUGGACUGGGGCCCGUGUGGAAGGAAAUCGUUGCCCACCUUCUCUGUGGAUGGGGUGGGGUGGGGAAGGCAGGACUGAGGCGCUUAGAGUUAUCUGGGUGGAUACCCUUAAAUCUGCGAAUGGCAGUGCCAACCUCUGAUUAUUUCCUAAAUAAAAGGAAUAUUUCCUAAGUAAACCAUUAUAAAGGUUUUCAAUUUGUCCUCCAGAAAUGUCCUAUUGGAUAGUCUCAAAUAGCAAUUAAUGAGCUCACUGUUUAUCAUGCCUGGCCAGCGCCACCUAGUCCACUUUUUAAAAACUUCUCGCUAGUUUUGUGGCUCACAGUAGAAUCUGAUAUGUGUUUAAUUUUAUUUAUUUACUUAUUUUUUAUUGAAGUAUAGUUGCUGUACAGUAUAUGUUACAGGUAUGUAAUAUAGUGAUUCACAAUUUUUAAAGGUAAUACUCCAUUUAUAGUUCUUAUAAAAUAUUGGCUAUAUUCUCCAUGUGGUACAGUAUAUUCUCGUAGCUUAUUUUAUACCCAAUAGUUUGUACCUUUUACUUCCCUACCCCUGUAUUACCCACCCCCCCUUCCCUCUCCCCACUGGUAACCAAUAACUUGUUCUCUGUAUCUGUGAGUCAGCUGCUUUUUGGUUGUAUUCACUGGUUUGUUGCAGUUUUAAGAGUCCACGUGUAAGUGAUAGCCUAUAGUAUUUGUCUUUCUCUGACUUACUUCACAAAGCGUGAUAUUCUCUAGGUCCAUUCUUGUUUCUGCAAAUGGCAGAAUUUCAUUCUUUUUUUAAGGCUGAGUCAUGUUUGUGUGUGUGUGUGUGUGUAUAUACACACACACACACACACGCACACAUAUAUAAUACCACAUCUUCUUUAUCUGUGUGUCUGCUGAUGGGCAAUGGGUUGCUUCCAUGUCUUGGCUAUUGUAAAUAGUGCUGCUGUGAACAUUGGGGUGCAUUUUUUGAAUUAGUGUUUUUGUUCUUUCUGGAUAUACCGGAGUGGAAUUGCUGGAUCAUAUGACAGUUCUCUUUCUAGUUUUUUGAGGACCCUCCAUACUGUUAUUGAAGAGACUGUCUUUUCUCCGUUGUAUAUUCUUGCCUCCGUUGUCAAAGAUUAAUUGACCAUAAGUGCAUGGGUUUAUUUCUGGGCUCUCUAUUCUGUUCCAUUGAUCUAUGUGCCAGGAGAGUGUCUGACUCCAAGCCCGUGCUCGUUUCAAAGGUGGAUGUCGGUGCCAGCUCUGGGUACUGGAAUCCUCUGUGACAUUUUCAGUGAUGGGGAGAGAGAUGUCAGUCCUUCUGGAAGUGUGCUCUCGCUGGGGCAGGUUGGGAGCGGGGUGAGGGGAAAGCAUGAUUACUUUGAAAACCCUCCUACAAGGUCUUGUGGUUCUUACACUCAACGCUUUUCAAACCCCUGUGUUCUUUCAAGAGGUUCCCCUCAACACCCACAAGAAGUACGUGUUUCCUAUGUGUCACUCUGAUAGAUUAUCUAUGAUGGGGGCUUUUGAGUUUCAUUUUGCGCCUCCCCUUAGUAUAUUCUUUCUUUUCCUACCAUCUGCCCACCUCACCCUGAAUUAAAACAUCAAUAGCUUAUGAAAACACACAUUUCCCCAUUCCCACUCCAACAUUUGAAGUCACCAGUCUUUUAAUUUUUGCCCAUCUGAUUAGGAAAGAGUCUUUUGUUUUUAUUUUAAUAUGAUUUUCCCAAUUACUAAUGAGAUGAAACAUCUUUUUAUAGGUUUAUUGGCCAUUUGGAUUUGCUCUCUUAUAUGUUUGCUUAUUUUUCUACUGGGUUGUCUCUUUUAAACUAAUAGGUGUAAAAAUUUUAAUACAGUCUGUUUCAUUUGUAGGUAGAUAGAUAGAUAUACAGCCAGUUCUUUCUUCCAGUUUAUCCGUAAUUGUUUUGGAGUUUAUUUUGUCAAAUUUUUGCCUUUUAUAUUUUGUGUCUUGUGUCAGCAGACCUUCUCUACCCAAGGUUACUUAUCUAUUUCCUGGUUUUUUUUGAUUGCUUGUACAGUAUUGUCCUUUAUGUUUCUUUCUUUAAUUCACCUGGAAUAAAUGUUUGUGAAUGACAUGUGGUAGAGAAUAUAAUUUAUUUUUUUCCAAAUGCGGAUCCAGUUGGCCUAUGUUAUUUAUCGAGUAGCCAAGUUUCUCUACUUCUUGAACUGCAACCCUUGUCAUAUGUUAGGUCCCUGUGUGUACAUGGGUCCGUACAGUAGACAUGUGAUUGCCAUUGCCUCUAGCAUCCAUUCAUCUUCCAACAACCAUCUCUGACUUUCCAUCCUAAGUUUAAAAACUCUCGAGUGGAUUUUUAAUUUUUAAAAUCUUUAUUACUCUUUUCUGGACUUUUAGUUUUCCUUGGGUCAAUUUUGGUAAAAUACCAACAUUUUCCCAGGAUAACACAUGGGCAUCUGUCAAGAUUUUCAAAUUUAUUAAUGUAAAAUCAUAUGUAAUAUUCUCUCUUUUCUUUUGGCUGCGCCCAGCGGCAUGCAGGAUCUUAGUUCCCCGACCAGGGAUCAAACCCAUACACCCACUGCAUUGGAAAGGCAGAGUCCUAACCACUGGGACUCCAGGGAAAACCUUGUAAUAUUCUCUUAAGUAUUUAGAAGGUUCCUGUGCAUCUGUGCCUGUCUUCUCUCUCAAUCUUAAUGAAUAUCUUACAUGUUUUCCAUGGUCACAUUUGCAAGUUUUUCUGUUUGUUAUCUUCAGAUAACCUAUUUUUGUUCUUAUAAAUGUAAACAUUGAGAAUCUGUGAUCACAUAAACUAGUAGAGGUGACUUUUUGCUCUAGUACUGCUGCUUGAUUCUAUGAACCUCUUCUGAGUAAUAUGCCAAAAAUCACAUCAUGAUCUCUCAUCAAAGCAUUAAAAAUUUUUUUUUCUAUUAGCUGUCAGUCAAGUGGGUACUCGUGUAAUUUUGUUAUAAGCUUUGAGAAUUGGAAAACACUGGAAUUGCAAAAGGAUGUAUUACCUGGAUAUUGGAGUCAUUAACUCUCUCACUUUCUGGAAAAUAUGCCCCCAAAUGUUUAUUAAGAUUUGUCAAGUGACUACUAAUUAUAUCUCUUACUCUUUCACUCAGAGGUACCCUGUAAAAACUAACAUGCACAAAAAUAGAUGAGGAAAAUAUUGUUCGUUUUAACUCUCCUUUUCCAAUACAAACUUUUCUUUUUUUACAGUUCCAAAAAGUUUUUUAAAAACAACUUUAUUGAGGUAUAAUUGACAUACAAUAAACUGUACAUAUUUGAAGUGUAUAAUUUGUUAAGUUUUGACAUAGGUAUACACCUGUGAAAUUAUCGUAAUCAAGAUAAUGACCAUAUCCAUCAUCUCUGAAAGUUGGCUUACAUCGCUUUAUAAUUGCUCCUUCCUGACCUUCCCUCCCCCAUCCCUCUCCGCAGGGACACUUUGAUCUGCUUUUUGUCAUCCUAGAUUCGUUUGCGUUUUCUAGGGUUUUACAUAAAUGGAACCAUCAGUGUGUACUCUUUAUUUUCUGGCUUCUUUUCACUCAGCAUAUUAAUUUCCAGGUCAUCCAUGUUUAACGUACAUCAGUUGGUCAUUCCUUUGUAUUGCUGAGUGGUAUUCCAUCAUAUGGCUGUACCCUCCGUUGGUUAAUCCAAAUUGUUACUGGAUAUUUGGGUUCUUUCCAAGUUUGGGCUAUUCCAAAUAAAACUGUUAUGAACACGUACAAGUCUUUGUAUGGACAUAUGUUUUCAUUUCUUUUGGAUAAAUACCUAGGAGGAGAAUGGCUGCACGGUGUGGUAUGUGUAUGUUUAAAAUUUUAAGAAACUGCCCAACUAUUUUCCAGAUGGUUUCAUCCCCACCAGCAGCUUACGGGAGUUCUAGUCCCUCCACAUUCUUACCAGCCUUGGAAUUUUCGAUCUUUUUUGACUUUAGCCAUUCUAAUUGGUGUGUAGUGGAUGUAUUUCCUACCACCACCCUCCCAGGUCACAUCUUUAAUUGAUAAGAUUUCCAAUUCAAUAUUUUUUAGGGCAAGCCUAAAAGCGUUAGAAGGCUCAUCUCUUUGAAGAUAUUAAUUAUUUGAGGGCUUAGUCAGUUAGUUCUAUUUCCGUGGCUGUUAGUUUAGUUCUUCUCUUUACUGAAUUUGGUGUUUGUUUUUCAUGUUGUUGGUUCUCCUCAGUGGUUGGUGAAUUUGGUUGUGCACUCAACUUUGUCUUGAGAUUUCAGGUUAUCCUGUUGGUAAGGCUUGUGACUAUUGCACAUAGCCUGGACUGGUGACUACUGGGAAGGGAUGGGACUUGCUGGCGACAGCGUGUGCCGGUGGCUGCCCUUCUGGAUGAGGGUGCCCCCUCGCCGCUAGGUGGAUAUCAGCCCUAGGAUGCUGCCCCGAGUGCCCCAUUUGCUGCUACUACCUGGCAGACUCCACUGCUACCCAGACUUGACCUGUGCUGCUGAGGGGGGCACGGGGAGAGCCAAAUUCUCCAGCUGCUUCUGCUGGAAUUCUCCAACCUUGUCCUGAUAGGGGUCCAGGCUUCCUCCUGCCUCCUGGCUUGGCAUCUGUGAGCUGAAAGCUUCCUUAAAGCUGGUCCCUCCUCUCUCAGAGGCUUUCAGCUGCGUGGCUUGUGGGCUGUCAUGUCCCCUGUCCAUCCAGUCCCAUCAAUCUCUGUCUUUCAGGGAUUCCUCACAAUUUCUGACCUCUUGUUAUUCUAGCUCUGGCAUAGAAUUUAAAAAAUAAAUACUUUUAAUGACAUUUUGAGGGCUGUGGGUUGGGAAGGGGAAACUAGAGCAUAUGCUUAAUCAUAAUUUGUAUAUGAAAAUAGCUCAUACUAUGCACUAGGCCCUGUAGCAGUUAGGAUCCUGGCAAAGAACGGAUGGCAGUCUUAGCUCCAAGUUCAAAGACAAUUUAAUGAAAAGACCAUUUGCAGAGGUGUGGGCAGGGUUAAGGGACCCAGCUUGGAAUGGUGAGAGGCACUCAGGAACUAGUUACAGGGGGAAGCAGUAACCUCCCCUAGAUUUGAGGGGGCAAAGGGACAGCACACUGUUACCUGAGCCUGCCACAGGUAUCUUCAGGGGACUCUGGGGACCAUCCAGCAGAAACUGAGUUGAGAAGGGGGUAACCGUGGCCAGAGCAGCAUCACUGAGCCUGGGGCUGAGGGAGGAGGAGCAAAUGCCUUGACUCCUCCCUCGUCUUGUCCUCUGAUCUCCCGUCAGUGCCUCCCUUUGAUUGCAGGAGGUGCCAGCAACAUGGUCCACGGGGUGGGUACGCCUCUGGAGAUGGGGAACGGAGAGAGGGACAGACGGGAUAACCAGCACAGCCUUCUCCCAGGCGCUGCACGGAUGCCAUCACCUCCAGUAGUUCCACGACAGCCCGACGAGGUAGGCCUGUUCUUAUUUUACAAAGGAGGAAGCCCAGGCACCUUGAUCCAGUGACACCUCCAGAAUUUCCCUCUGUUCCUCCCUCUGCCUGGCGUGCCUUCCCUCCCUUCCUAGCCCACUGCUCCUGUGCUUCAAGUUCAGCUUGAUUCAGGUCUCCUCGCCACUGCGAUCUAAGUGUCCUGAAGAUACUUAGAGAAAGAGUUCUGACUUCUCAAGAUGCUGUGCCCACAUGUCCUCCAGCAUUUCAUUAUGAAAAUUUCAAAACUACAGGAAGGUUGGAAGGAUUGUAUGAAGAACAGCCCCACACUCCGGGGCCCACUUCUCAAAAACACUUUCACACUGUUGUCCAUCGACUUCUCUAGACCUCCACUAACUUGUGAAUUCCUUAAAGGAAGGGCUACCAGUGAUCAGUCUUCGCAUCUCAGGGUCUGUGGUGGCCUGGCACACAGAAUGCAGUCAGUAAAUGUUUGAUGACUUGGUAAUUCACAAGGCAUUUGGUGUUUCCCAGGAGAGAGGAAGGAGAGUUUGAUUUCUUGAGUGCCUGUGGGUGGUUUUCGUACAUUGUGUGGGGCGUUGCGUUCGUUAUCUCACCAAAGCCUUGCAAGUCAGAUGAGGCUGGGAUUAUGAUCUCUCUUUUACAAGACCAAGAGAAGUUUCACAAUUUACUCAAGGCUCACAUUGUAUCCCUAAGGGAUCUGGGAUUCAGAUCGUCAAGCUGCCCUCAAACCCAUGCUGGUGACCCAGUGCCUUCUCUGUAGACUGGAGGCUACUGGGUGCUGGGGACUGUGCUUUAUGCAUUUCUGAAUGUCCCAGGAUCUCGCAACUAGCAGGUACAGUAAAUAUUUUUGGCAAGAAUGAAUGAAUGAACCUUUAGUGAGUAUUUCUAUACUACUGGAAUAUGGCAUUCACUGGAAAUUCAUUCACUACGGGAAUAUGAUACCCGAAGGGAGCUCGUACACCUCUUCACUAAGCAAAGGAGGGAUCUGAGGCUGGAAGGGCAGUGACAUCCAAGGUCAUGCAGGGAGCCAAGGGCAGACUCCGUGUGCUGACUUCCUGCCCAGCGCUCUUUCUUUUCCCUUCCUCUUCAUAUCCAUCUGAACAUCCGGGUUGGUACCCGUCACUAACCCAGAGCCUGGAGACCCACACAAACCGCGUUUCCUAAGGCUGUGUGGGUGGGUGCCUGCCCAAGCACUAGCUCAUGGUGCCCGUCUUCCUUCUUCUUCACUGAGGGUGCCAUGGGCUUCAGACGCUUGAGGUUGUGUGUGAAAUUGUGUUUAUAUACUCUGCUCAGGAGAGCAUCCAGUGUUUGCAUCAGGCUCUCAAAACAAAUACAAAAACCGUGACCCCCCCCCAAAGCGGGUGAGGGCUCCUUUACGUGUUCUCUCCAGUGGUUCCCCAAAUUCUUGAUUGUGCAGACAGACAGAAUUUUUUUUUUUUUUUUUUUUUUGUGGUACACGGGCCUCUCACUGCUGUGGCCUCUCCCGCUGCGGAGCACAGGCUCUGUACGCGCAGGCUCAGCGGCCGUGGCUCACGGGCCCAGCCGCUCCGCGGCAUGUGGGAUCCUCCCGGACCGGGGCACGAACCCAUGUCCCCUGCAUCGGCAGGUGGACUCUCAACCACUGCACCACCAGGGAAGCCCACAAACAGAAUUUUUAAAAGAAUAUUAGGAUACAGAUUUUUGCGAAGUUGGCCCAUUAAAAAGAAAUGAACCCCCCUUACAAUGCUAUCGUAUCAUAAAAGGAUAUUUUUAACCCCUCCAAACAAGAAGGACAAAUUCUCUGGGGGAUAAAAGUGACAGGCUUUCCAAUUAGGUGAAAUAGCUUUAACAUGCUACACGGUCCUUAUUUUGCUCACUUUGCUCUGGACUGAAAAUGUUAGUGUGGACCAGCCUUUGGGAGCCUUGCUCUCCACGGAGAAGCUUCUGCUUAGAGCUGUGUCCUGUGUGAGAACUCUCUGUGGAGAGUUCUCUUGAAAGGUGCCCCCUGUGGAGGUGGCUGCGCGUGGGUUCUGUUGGAUCCCUGGGUGCCAUUUCCACCAGGGUGGCUGCCAGUAACUGGGCAUGAACUUUGGUCACAUGGGGAGGUUAUACCAUUGUCCAUUGGCUUAAGUUUCCUCACGAGGGUUUUGGGCGAGAAUCUGAAGAAUCCAGGCUCUGAGUGGCCAAAGCAGCCUGCCGUCCCCAACUCCCAUGGAAAGGAAGCACUGCGUGGUGGGCGUCUGUGGGAGCCCUGGGGGUGCAGGGCUGUGGGGACCAUGAAGGCACUGGGUGGAGGGGAGCUGUGGCCGUGUGAGAUGACCCCACUCCCUUUGGGUUGCCCGGAUCCCUGCGUCCCUCUCUCCUGCCAAUGCAGGAGACAGGCCCUUGUCCUUCCUGCCUUGGCUUCCCCCGUCAGGGCACUGGCUGGCAUCCUCUCUGGCUAGACCCACCCUCUCCUUGCCUGAGGACAGGAGGAUCGCAGCUCUGUAAAGAGGUUUGCCAGGGAAGGUUUGCUGAGGAGGGGCGUUGGCCCCAGCAGGGAGUGGGUCUCUGGGUGGGGAGGUGAGAGCAGCAGACCAGCACAGCAGGCUGUGGCUGGCGUGUCUUUGUGGUUCUGCACACAGUAACAUCUCCUUGAGUGUUUCUUGAGUGACAAGUACUUCUGAGCAUCUAACAUGUGCCUGACAAAUUGCUGCAACUCUCCCAGCCCCAGUUUCUACAUCUCUAAAAGGAGCUGACAAUGCUCUCCCGCCCCAGACCCCAUCCUGCAGUGCAGGCAGGAUUCCCCAGCUGUCUACGGGAUCUGGGGCAGGACAGGCAUCAACCCAUUAAGUGGGGCCCCUUCCCGAUGCCGUUCCACCUGACGUGUUUGUAGGUGCUUCCGCAUCCGGUCCUUUACCACAGAGGAGCCCACGUGUGAUCUUAAACUCUGAGGUGUUAGUGUGUCCAGGCGAUGUGAGGAACAGAGGACUCGGAGGGGAACCCAUUUGCUCUAGGUCACGUAGCAAGCAAGGGCAUAGCCCACUGCACACAUCUGGUCUGGGAGGGCUGUGGGAAUGCUCUUCACUCCAGAUGGUACCAAUAAAGGCCCUUGUGCUCAGUUUGUUGAUACAACAAAACAAUAAACAAACAACUGCUUUUUGGAAACGGUUGGGGGACAUAAUUAGGGAAGAAUUGACCAGAACAUCUACAUCACUGAACCUUUUCAAGGAAAGCCCUAGUAUUAUUUUCAGAUACACUAUAGAUGAAAACCAAGAGUAAGGCACCUUCUGGGCCCAGUGGCGGCGCCUGCAGCACCUGCUUACAUACCAGAUCAGAAGCAUGAGGGAUUGCUCAUGGUUUAUAAGCUAAUUUGCACGGUUUGCUUAAUAAGCACAUUUGCAUGGUCUUAAUGGUUUCCAAAGGACUUGAAAGCAGUUUGGGUUCUUCACAAAGUUAUAGAACCCCCUGCCAUGUCAUUUGCCCUGUGAACUGGUUCAGCAAGCCAUACUUCUGUUUUGUGUUUGAAAUGAGAAACAGAUGUUUAUGUUUAGGCUGCUGGCUCCAGCUUAAACACAGGCUUUCUGUCUCUCCUCUUCCCAGUUUGCUCUUUAAGGGGCAGGGAGGGGUUCUGGCCAGGCUGGAGUCCUGUCCCCGGGCCCCUCCCCUGAGCUGCCUCCAGCAACGGGCUGCUCCCUUAGCAGCCGGCCUCCUGAGAGAGGAGAGGGCCCUUGGGGACGGAAGGGAGCGGCUGCUAAGGAGUGGGUCCUUCGGGGCCAGUCUGCAUGGCCUUGAGCCAGUGCCCCUCCUGUCCUGCCUGUGGGGUCCUUGCCUGGCAGCUGAGGGGGUUAGAGUGACAGAGAAGCGUGCUGCCUGACACCAGUAAAUGUGUCAGGGAUGCCCAGUAAAUGUGUGCCCUCUACUUUCCCUUCAGGCUCCCUGGAAUUCCCAGCCAGCCUUCCCCACCCUCUUCUGGUCCAGAGGGUGGGCAUGGGAGCUGGGCUCAGUGAGUGUCCCAAGUGCACCCCUCGUUCUAGCCCCUGGAGAACGAUGUACAACCUGCAGGAGUCAUUUCCCAAUGUUGAGGAGGACAGAGCGGGACAGCCAGGGUGGGCUAGGAGCCUCCAGUGCAAGGUGGACCAGAGUGGAGGAGCGAGGAACCAGAGGGGAGGGAGCCCUAGUGAGAGCCCUGUGGCCUGGCCAGGACAGGAAGAGUGACUGAGGGCGCCUGGGCACCGCCCCAGGUCUGCAGUAGCUGAGGGGUAGAUGCCCAGGGAAGACAGGUGGGGUGGGGGGUGGACUGGAGGCAGGAGCAGGACAUACCCGGGGCCAUUGGCAGCAGAACCCCUGGUUCGAAUCUUACCUUUCCCAGCACUGAGUAACUGGGAGACUUUGGACUAGUCAUCAGACCUUUCUUAGCCUCAGUUUCCUCACUUACAAAGUAGGGCUCUUAGGAAAAGUAAAUGAAAUCAUGCAUAUUUACACAGGGCAUGUCUCACAGUAGGCACUUAAGAAAUGGGUGAUAAAGGUAAAAACAAACUAGAAACCUUGCGAUCUCAUCCUCCUCUUGGCAUCCAUCAUGAGUUUGUGCACCUGUGCAUGAGGGCAGGGCCACCUUGGUUGGCUCUGGUUGGAAGUCCCUUCCUCCCAAAUAGUGGCUCCCCACACUGGGUCUCAAACUGUUUCAAGGUGAAAGGGGGAAGAGUUGGCCUUUCUGGGUGGGGGCAGGGCCGUGGGGGGCAGUGGGGAGGCAGGAGCUGAGGCCUUCCCUGCAGCCUAGCCUCGGCUCUUCUUCCCAGCUCCAGUGCUUGCUCUCCCACCAUCCCCAGUCUCCUUGUCUCCCCCUCACCCAACAAGCUCAUCGUCCUGUGAGGCAGGGGGAAAUGCAUGCCAACAUUCAUUCAUUCAGCAGUGUUUUUGGAGCACCUGCUACGUGCCAGGUCUUGCUAGGGGCAUGGAGGCCGUGAUGAUCAAGACAGAAUGGGACAGUUCCAGGCAAGAGAAUCCUGAGGCCUAGUGACGGUGCCCACCUGUUUGGCUUUCUUCACUGCCCCCCACCCCACCCCAGGGCCACUGCUGUAGCGGGGAGCUCUAGGGGGAGGGCGGAGUGGUGGGCAGGGGUAGUUCCUUGGGGCCUAGAGGGCUUGGAGUCGCCAUGGCCCUGUCAUAAGUGUGAGGUUGGUCUCUCCAGUUCUGGAGAGCUGGGCUGCAUCUUGUUUAAGUCCUGAUUUGACAGGUAGGAAGAUAGGCACAGGAAGGUCAAGGCAGAGGCUAGCCUAGAAGCUAGUGGCAGGCUGCAGGAAACAAUUUGGUGGUUUCUCAAGAGGUUAUACAUAGAACUACCGUAUGACCCAGAAAUUCCACUCCUCGGUGUUUAUCUAAAAGAAGUGCAAACAGGGACUCAAGCAGAAAUGUGUGCCCCAAUGUUCAUAGCAGCAUUAUUUACCAUAGUCAAAAGGUAGAAACAAUGCAAGUGUCCAUCUAUGGACGAAUGGAUAAACAAAGUGAUAUAUCCAUACAGUGGAAUAUUAUUCAGCCAUAGAAUGAAUAAAGUCCUGACAUAUCCGACAACAUGAAUGGACCGUGAAAACAUCAUGUGGAGUGAGAGAAGCGAGACACAUAGGACAAAUACUGUUACGAUUCCACUCUCCUACCUAGAGUAGGCAAGUUCAGAGACAGCAAAUAGAACAGAGGUUACCAGAGGCUGGGUGGGGGGUGUUUAUUGUUAAUGGGUACAGAGUUGUUGUUGGAGAAGAUGAAAAAGAUUCAGGUAUAGUUAGGGGUGAUGCUUACACAACACUGUGCAUGUAUUUAAUGCUACUGAACUGUAUGCUUUCAAAUGGUUAAAAUGAUAAAUAUUAUGCUCUGUAUGUUUUUAUCAAAUUUAAAAAAAGGCGAGUGGCAGAUGA